AUGGGACAACUAGUUAGUAAUUUAUCAAAACUACGCAUAUGCGGUCGUAGCGGCAAAGCCGCAUCUUCCAAUAUAACAAAUACAUCAGAUGAAAAUGGCUUUCGUUUUGUUGGUGGUAGAAGAUUUCAUGAUCUAAAUAAGGAUGUUAAAUAUCCUUAUCCUAUUGAUGAUGAAGAAUCUGAUAGGUUACAUUUACAACAUUUUUGGACGAGAUAUAUUUGGCAGAGCAAUUUUUCCGCGCCCAUCGAAGACCUUUUAAUUAAUCAUGAACCUACUAUACUCGAUAUUGGUUAUCCCAAUGCUAAUAUUGUUGGUUUAGAUAUAACAGUACAACAACCAACUCAAAUUAAACCUUCAAAUUUCACUUUCAUUAAAGCAAAUGUCUUGGAUGGCUUACCAUUUGAUGAUAAUACAUUUGAUUAUGUGUUUCAACGAUAUAUGUUUGGUGGAUAUCCUAAAGAAAAAUGGCCAUUUAUUAUUAAUGAGUUGGUCAGAGUUUUAAAGCCAGGUGGAUAUGUAGAGUUGUUGGAACCUUCAAUGAUGAUAGAUAUAGGUCCUGCUACUCAACGCAUUGUUAAUGCUCAAAUUGCUGCAAUGGGGAACCGAGGUACUGAUCCAGAAGCAAGCAUUAAACUACAAGGAUAUCUGGAAAAUCAAGGAGUGUUAGAAAACAUUACAAAAGAAGUAAGAGCUUGCUACCAUGGUGAAAGAGCUGACUCUUCUGGAAUUAGCAAAGCGGCUGUUAGCAAUACUAUUUCGAUGUUUAUUUGUUGGAAACCUCUUCUAUCGGGCUUUAUGAAUGUUACUGAUGAUGAAUAUGAUAGGCUUAUUGAAGAAGCAAGAAAAGAAUUAGCUGAAUAUGAUAGUUACUUUAAUCAG